UAUGCCUGUGAGUGCCCACUUCUCAUCCUCUUUGCGUACCUCACUCAAGAUUACUGCAUCGCAGACUUCUCAUCCAUCGAUAUUCCCACCGAUCCCGCACACAUAUCUCCCAUAUGUAUCCUCCCUAGCUACCUCUGCGCACUCACCGCGUACGACACCUUCCUCUUCUCUGUCGCUUGCUGGUCGACGCUUCAGCUGUCAUGGACGAUUGUCCUACUCGCCAGCCAAUACUGGCAAGUCGCGCGCCAGCUGACAACGUUCGAGGUGUCAAAUCUUGGGCGGUAUGGAUUCAUGGGUGGACGCGGUGGCGCGAGCCUCAGCACACAGAUGGGGCACCAGCACCAACAUCGCCAGGGCAUGUCCGAUGGCGACGGCGCGGCCACACCGACAAGUGCACACCACCACAAGCACAGCCACAGCGUCUGCGGGGGUUGCGGGAGCGGCUUCCUCAUGAACCUCCUCGGGUUCGACAGGUUCACGAAGGGCAAGGCUGCCGACGGACUCGCGCGCGCGGGCAAGGCACCGAACCCGUUCGACCUCGGCGUGCUCGGGAACUGCAAAGACUUCUGGACGAAGGGCCGUGAGCUGGGAGUGGAGUAUGAGCAGCUGUAUGACGUGCCGCCGGAGGGAUUCGGGGAGGCAAAGAAGAGGAGACAGCAUGAGGAAGGCGAAGAGUUGCAUGGGGAGGGGAGGAAGGGGCUGAGGAAGAGCUUGUUGAUGGGCUUUGGGCUGAGUCGCGGCGGGAGCAGCCGCGCAGGGUAUGAGCCGCUAAACCAGGUGUAGUAUGUCUUAUCGCACGGACUAAUCUUAGGAUUAUGUACUCUGGAUGUGUUUCGCUUUUUGGCUGCGGUCUGGGUUCACAUAAGUCGACACGAA